UCCCACAUACUGUAGGCGGAAGCCGUGUGAUCUCUGCGGUGUUUUACAUCGUCGUUUCUGAUUGGACGAUCACACCGACACUCCAACCCACCAAUGAACGACCAGCUGGGAGACCGUGGCUGUCAUAUAUAGACGAAUUAGCCAUAUUUAUGAUCAUUCUGACAAUAGAACCGAAUUUCUUUGAAAGAUGUCUGGACGUGGAAAGACCGCAGUAAAGGCCAGAGCCAAGGCAAAGACCCGCUCCUCUCGUGCCGGCCUUCAGUUCCCAGUCGGCCGUGUUCACAGGCAUCUGCGUAAGGGUAAUUAUUCUGAGCGUGUCGGUGCUGGAGCCCCCGUGUACCUGGCGGCGGUGCUGGAGUAUCUGACCGCUGAGAUCCUGGAGCUGGCUGGAAACGCCGCCCGCGACAACAAGAAGACCAGGAUCAUCCCCCGUCACCUGCAGCUGGCUGUCCGCAACGACGAGGAGCUCAACAAGCUGCUGGGCAAAGUCACCAUCGCUCAGGGCGGCGUGCUGCCCAACAUCCAGGCUGUGCUGCUGCCCAAGAAGACCGAGAAGGCCUCCAAGGCCAAGUAAAGCCCCGCGCUGAUUUAAUCACUCCCAACGGCUCUUUUAAGAGCCACCCAUUUAUUCUGAAACGGCAGAAUCCUAAUGGGAACAAAUGAUGUACA